AUGACGGGCAACUUCUGGAGGCUGUUAUUCGUCUCGGGUUUGUCUGAUGGUUCCUGUUUUGCUGCUGCUGAGCUGUGCUGGCUGGUAUGUGGCGGUGCCUCGGAGUACUUUUCGCCCGAGAACCAGGACAAGUUGAACCAUCUGACACCAAUGAUGGACAUUCCCGCCAUGGUGGAGGCAUUUGCGAGAACAGCAGUCGGUACCGCUGAGAUCCCGAACCUGAGCCUGCCACCUGCGCAGUUGCUGCCCACAAAGUCCAUGGCACCUCAGGCACCCCAACAACCACAAGAACUUCAAGAGGCUUUAUGUGUGCCGACCGGUUCCAUCAGCGCGGGAAGCAGCAGGAGCAGCAAGAGCAGCAGCAACUGCAAACUCACCGCCAGUGCACUUCUCCGCCUGCCCGCGGACUUUGCCGAGAACUUCAAGAAGUUUACUGGUAUGCCGCGGAUAAGGCUGAGAUUCGCGCGGGCGGUACUGGAGGCACGGCCGGGAGAGCUUCUGCAGGAGCUUAACGGCUCGGAGCGUGCCUAUCUGGCGCUGUUUGCCAAGGACCCCAAAGAGGUUGGCAAGCUGCUGGACAAGAGCUAG